UCAUCUCGGCCGCGGAGAGGCAGCACAGCGGCGGCAACAGCAAGAGCGGCGGCCCCUCGGUAGUCUCGUCCUCCUUCCCGCCCGCCUCGUUGCGCGCUGCUUCCCGGCGCCCUCUCCCUCCGGCGGCUGUGCGCACACGGACCCGGGCGCGCAGCAGCUCGUCCCUCGGCCGCCCCUCCAACCCUCCGGUGUUUCCAACCCCGGCCGGCUCUAUGGCUGUGUGCAAUGGAGACGCCAAGUUGGAGAAUGCUGGAGAAGAUCUCAAGGAUGGUCUCUGCCGCUACGACGGAGCUGUAGUGAUACUUGAUGCUGGAGCGCAGUAUGGGAAAGUCAUAGAUCGCCGAGUCAGAGAACUGUUUGUCCAGUCCGAGAUAUUCCCUUUGGAAACACCUGCCUUUGCCAUCAAAGAACAGGGAUUCCGGGCUAUUAUCAUAUCUGGAGGACCAAAUUCAGUUUAUGCAGAAGAUGCUCCCUGGUUCGACCCAGCAAUAUUUACGAUAGGCAAACCAGUUCUCGGAAUCUGCUAUGGCAUGCAGAUGAUGAAUAAGGUGUUUGGCGGCACAGUACACAAGAAAGAUGUCAGAGAAGAUGGAGUCUUCAGCAUCACGCUGGAUAACACAUGUUCAUUGUUCAGGGGACUUCAGAAGGACGAGAUUGUGCUCCUCACUCAUGGAGAUAGUGUAGAUAAAGUAGCGGAUGGAUUCAAGGUUGUUGCACAGUCUGGAAAUGUUGUAGCAGCUAUAGCAAAUGAGUCUAAAAAACUGUACGGAGCCCAGUUCCACCCUGAAGUUAGCCUAACAGUGAAUGGAAAAGCAAUGCUGAAAAACUUCCUUUAUGAUAUUGCCGGCUGCAGCGGCACCUUCACCGUCCAAAACAGAGAACUGGAGUGUAUUCGAGACAUAAAAGAAAAAGUAGGCUCGUCAAAAGUCCUGGUUUUACUCAGUGGAGGCGUGGACUCGACAGUGUGUACAGCUUUACUGAACCGUGCUUUAAACCAAGACCAGGUGAUAGCAGUGCAUAUAGAUAAUGGAUUCAUGCGCAAGAGGGAAAGCCAGUCUGUAGAAGAAGCACUCAAAAAGUUGGGAAUUCAAGUCAAAGUGGUAAAUGCAGCUCAUUCGUUCUACAAUGGCACAACAACUCUGCCCAUCUCUGAGGAAGACAGAACUCCACGCAAAAGGAUUAGCAAAACACUGAAUAUGACAACAAGUCCCGAGGAAAAACGCAAAAUUAUUGGUGACACCUUUGUGAAGAUUGCUAAUGAAGUUAUUGGAGAAAUGAACCUGAAACCGGAAGAAGUCUUCCUCGCUCAGGGAACGUUGAGGCCCGACCUCAUUGAAAGUGCUUCUGUGGUUGCCAGUGGCAAAGCAGAAGUCAUCAAGACUCAUCACAACGACACAGAGCUCAUCAGAAAGCUGAGGGAAGAGGGGAAGGUAAUAGAACCACUGAAAGAUUUCCAUAAGGAUGAAGUGAGAGUGCUUGGGAGAGAACUGGGUCUGCCUGAAGAGCUGGUCUCAAGACACCCAUUCCCAGGUCCUGGCCUUGCAAUUAGGGUAAUAUGUGCCGAAGAACCGUACGUUUGCAAAGACUUCCCUGAAACGAACAACAUUUUGAAAAUCAUAGCAGACUUUUCUGCGAGUGUUAAAAAGCCUCACACACUGUUGCAGAGGGUCAAAGCAUGUACAACUGAGGAAGACCAGGAGAAACUGAUGCAAAUCACAAGUCUACAUUCAUUGAAUGCCUUUCUGAUGCCAAUCAAAACCGUAGGAGUGCAGGGCGAUGGCCGCUCCUACAGCUAUGUAUGUGGGAUCUCCAGCAAAGAUGCUCCACACUGGGAGUCCCUUAUGUUCCUAGCCAGACUCAUCCCCCGCAUGUGUCACAACAUAAACCGAGUUGUCUAUGUGUUUGGCCCACCUGUCAAAGAACCUCCCACAGACGUUACUCCCACUUUCCUGACAACAGGAGUCCUCAGCACAUUGCGGCAAGCUGAUUUUGAGGCUCAUAAUAUUCUCAGGGAGUCUGGUUAUGCUGGAAAAAUCAGCCAGAUGCCAGUCAUCUUGACACCGUUGCAUUUUGACCGAGAUCCCCUUCAGAAGCAACCUUCCUGUCAAAGAUCUGUGGUCGUUCGGACCUUCAUCACUAGUGAUUUCAUGACGGGUAUUGCAGCGACUCCCGGCAAUGAGAUACCGGAAGAGGUUGUGUUGAAGAUGGUGGCAGAGAUUAAGAAGAUUCCUGGCAUCUCCCGGGUGAUGUAUGACUUGACUUCAAAACCACCAGGAACAACUGAGUGGGAAUAAUUAUUCCCUCCCCCUCCUUGUAUGAAAGUACUGUAUGCAGUUUUAAAUUAUAUCAGAAACCAUUCCCAGUGUUGACAUGCAGUACUGUGAAACAGAGUCGCUGGAGCUGCUGCUAUAUCACAUGUGAUUCCCCCACCCUCUUCCUGGAGCAUAAUCUGCAAAUUAAGAAUGAUGUUGGGGGCGGGGGGCGGGGAGCAAGGUAAGUGGGCUGAGGAUACGUACGGGUAAAUAAUUAGGGCAGUAUUGCCUACGUGCAGAUAGAUUCAUAUUGCUUUGCCUUUUUUUUUUUUGGUCUUACUGACUGUUUCUACUGUUACGUCAUUUCAAUGUCUCUUUUUAUUUUUUUAUUUUCAUUUUCUUUUGUAUACUGUGUAAAAAGAGACCGUUUAUUUACAUUUACCAAAACCAAUGUCGGAGCCUAUUAAAAUAAUGGGGUUGGGGGGGGGGGAAGCGACCAACAACUGCUUUUGAAACAGAUUUAUUAUAAAUAAAUAUUUUGCCAAAUGGAGUAGUAGGUAUUGUUGAGUUGUGGAAUCAAUGUAUAAUUUGUUCUGCUGCGUACUGUAUGAAUUCCUGUUCCAUAUCGUUUGGAGUAUUAAGUCCAUGGCAAUAAGUGUUGACUUUUAAGACAACAACAACAUCUGGCGCUCAAAUAAUGACUGUGUCUCCCCGCCUUGCUCUCCUGUCCCUCCUCCGUAAUGUUUUUUAAAAGCAAGUUUUGCUUAAAAAUGUAAAAGCAUACAUUUCCCCCACUGUGCAGUGAUAUCUAUAUUUAAUGUACAUUAAAUCAGUUACAAGGGAGCCAAACAUGAAUUAUGUAUACAGUUGAAAAUGCAUCUUGUGGUUCAGGCAAAAUCAAAGGGAGUAACAAUCCACAUUGCAGCCAUCAAAAUCUUAUCUGCCCUUUCUCAGUUUUUGUCUUUGUCUUUAUGCCGAACUAUCAUUCAUACCGUUCGUGUUGGGCUUAUAUUUUAUAUGAGGCUGCUUUGGAAAAGCGAGGGGGAAUAAUUGCUCUCUGUGUACACCUUUCCAAGGUCUUCUAAAAUGUGCCGAUUCGUAUGUGAUUGGGCUUUGGAGGCAGCAGGGCCAAUCUAGAUAUAAAUUAGUUUGUGCAUUUCUUGAAAAAUAAACUGCCAGUAAAGUCAGAAGGAUAGAUAAAUAGAGUUAACAUCUCGGCUCUGGUUUGGGUAAAGAUCAGAAGCUGGGUGGUUUUCAAUAUUGAGCCACAUAGCUUUGACUGUAGUGGAGCUGCUUCUAGAAUCAUAGAAUCAUAGAGUUGGAAGAGACCACAAGGGUCAUCCAGUCCAACCCCCUGCCAAGCAGGAAACAUCAUCAAAACAUUCUUGACAUAUGCCUGUCAAGCCUCUGCUUAAAGACCUCCAAAGAAGGAGACUCCACCACACUCCUUGGUAGCAAAUUCCACUGCCGAACAGCUCUUACUGUCAGGAAGUUCUUCCUAAUGUUUAGGUGGAAUCUUCUUUCUUGUUGUUUGAAUCCAUUGCUCCGUGUCCACUUCUCUGGAGCAGCAGAAAACAACCUUUCUCCCUCCUCUAUAUGGCAUCCUUUAAUAUAUUUGAAAAUGGCUAUCAUAUCACCCCUUAACCUUCUCUUCUCCAGGCUAAACAUACCCAGCUCCCUAAGCCGUUCCUCAUAAUGCAUUGUUUCCAGGCCUUUGACCAUUUUGGUUGCCCUCUUCUGGACACGUUCCAGCUUGUCAGUAUCCUUCUUGAACUAUGGUGCCCAGAACUGGACACAGUACUCCAGGUGAGGUCUGACCAGAGCAGAAUACAGUGGUACUAUUACUUCCCUUGAUCUAGAUGCUAUACUCCUAUUGAUGCAGCCCAGAAUUGCAUUGGCUUUUUUAGCUGCUGCAUCACACUGUUGACUCAUGUCAAGUUUGUGGUCUACCAAGACUCCUAGAUCCUUUUCACAUGUACUGCUCUCAAGCCAGGUGUCUCCCAUCCUGUAUUUGUGCCUUUCUUUCUUUUUUGCCCAAGUGUAGUACUUUACAUUUCUCCUUGUUAAAAUUCAUCUUGUUUGCUUUGGCCCAGUUGUCUAAUCUGUUAAGGUCAUUUUGAAGUGUGAUCCUGUCCUCUGGGGUAUUAGCCACCCCUCCCAUCUUGUCAGGGUAGAUGGACAGGAGAACAGCGUUAAGGUCACAUCCAUACCUUAUAUUUAAAGCACUCUUUAAUCCACAGUCAAAUUCCCUCAAAGAAUCCUGAAAACUCUUACUUUGUUUAGGGUGCUGGGAAUUGUCGUUUGACGCCUCACAGAUCUACAAUUCCCAGCAUCCUUAACAAACUAUAGUUCCUGAGUUUCUUAGGGGGGGAGGCCAUAGCUGUUAAAAUGGUAGAAGAGGACUUAAAAUGCUAGAAUACUUUCUUCUCAUAAAGAGAAUAGGGCUGCAACGGCUUCACUCACCCAUUCUGAAUACGGCCUUAGUGCACCACAAAUCACUGCGACCUUACACAAACUUUGAUUUGUACCCGAUAGUUCUCAAGUGCCCAAGUAUUACUGCCUUGAUUAGCAGGAUACAGGCGACCAUUCCGCCAUGCAUUGAUUGAUCGGAAGGUCAUCGCAGGACAAGUGAAAACUUGUGGAGGGGCAGCGAACUAGUCACUCCUGUUUAAUGCUAUAUCUGUUGACAAAAAAAGGGUCCUUCUGCUCAAUAUGAUUUCCGCUGUCCUUAUGUGAAUUAACCAAAAAACAUGGCUGGUUAAGAUGCAGAGGUCGGGAUGGCUGGAUGGUCUUGCCAGAUGUGUGGUAGAGCAUCUGGCUGGAAUAAAGCAGCGGGACGUAUAAAGGGGAAAUAAGGGCAAAAGGUACUCACUAUAAAACCAUGUGUCCCUGGCGUCUGGGGAGCUGGGAUGAUCUGGUGGUUCUCUUGCUAUGCUAACUUGCCUUACCAUGCCACAUGAGGAAGGUUUGUUGUCUCCUGAAGACUUUUCCUGCGGAGGUCUUGGAACAUGUACCUGAGCGAGUAAUAAUAAUAAUAAUAAUUUAUUAUUUGUACUCCGCCCAUCUGGCUGGGUUUCGCCAGCCACUCUGGGCAGCUUCCAGUAAAGAUUUAAAAUAUAUUAAAAUGUCACACAUUAAGAACUUCCCUGAACAGGGCCUUCAGAUGUCUUCUAAAUGUAAGGUAGUUACUGUAUUUAUUUCUUUGACAUCUGAUGGGCUGGCGUUCCACAGUGGGUGCCACUCCUGAGAAGGCCCUCUGCCUGGUUCCCUGUAGCUUUGCUUCUUGCAGUGAGGGAACCGCCAGUAGGCCCUCGGCGCUGGACCUCCGUGUCCGGGCAGAACGAUGGGGGUGGAGACGUUCCUUCAGGUAUACUGGGCCGAGGCCGUUUAGGGCUUUAAAGGUCAGCACCAACACUUUGAAUUGUGCUUGGGUGGCAUGGUCCAGUGUGUAGGAAUGCAGUAGGCGAAUCAUAGAAUUGUAGAGUUGGAAGGGACCCCCAAUGGCCAUCUAGUCUGACCCCCUGCAAUGCAGGAAUCUCAACUGUGAAGCAUCCAUGGCAGACGAUUUGCAAAUCUGUUUGCCCGUUUCAUCCAUACCCAGGGUGUGCAACCGAAGUGCUUUCCUGUAUAGUCCGUGUUUGGGAAUGGGUGUGGUCAAGUCAGCAGAAGUGCAAUCCAGACCCAAGUGUCUACUUAGCAAACUCUACUAGGAAGUCCUCUUUAUAUGCCUGCUGGUGAGAUUAUGGCACCUGAGACUAUAAUGUAAUGAUCACUUGCAAGCCUGAUUGCUCUUGCAUGGUGGGAACUCUUUAUUCAGAUGCCUCCUAGACAGUCAGGCCCAUAACAAGGGGAUGUUUCUUGAGCUAUUGCUGUGCUUUGACAUUGAUGUUUACUUGGCCAUUUCAAAUGUCUUUUUUUUUUCUAAAAGCUGAUGUUUAACAUAUAAUAUGUAACUCUAUUAUGGUUAUGGUCCAAGCUAGAGAAAUGAGGUCUAUAUAAUGCAUGGUUCCAUUCAUAAGAGCCAGAGGUUUUAACUGAGUGGUGUGUCUACUGACGGUAACCCUUGCGGCUGGAGCUAAGAGUAUUUUGUGUCCAUGUUCACUAUGUUAGAUGCACAGAUAGUCAAAUUAUAGGAUUUCCAUCUUAACAAAUGUAUACGUUUAAGUCAGCUCUGGGCUACAACUUUAUAAGCUUGUUUUGUUUUAAAAAAAAAGAUUCAUGAAGGAAAUGGGAGUUUGGCAAACUUUAAGAAGAUUAACAUUAGCAGCCAGAAGCAAACACAUGUCAAAGGAAUAGCAUUAUGAGUGAUUUGUUAAAUUUGUUAAAUCCAGAUUCCAGUAUUGUAUGGAGCAGGGUAUUUUUUAUUUUUUAAAAACUACACACAGUUUGUGAGGGAAGUGGAAUGUAGCUUCAUUGCCAUCCUUCCAGUCCUUGAAUGUAUUUCAUCGUGUUCAUUCAUGUAAUCUCAGCCGGAUGGAGAAACACAGAUUGUCGUCUUCUUGUGGUCCAGAAGGGAAUGUAGCUUAUGAAUGCAGUUGCUCUUGUUCAAUUUGUUUACCCCUCUCUUGUCCUUCAGUGAGACAUGUCAACGUAUUCAAAGGAAUUUGUAUAGGGAAAUAAUUCCUAGCAUUCUCGUUUUUUUAAAAGAAAGGAAACAUUUUCUGCUUGUAAAUGAUAAGUACUGUGAGCCUUAAUUUUUAUCCACAAAUAAAAGUUACCCAUUUGGAUACUUGUGUGAUUAUUAUUAUUAUUAUUUUAAAGGCACUCCUUCCAAUCGUUAACUCCCCACUUUGGAAUUUGUUCCCUAAAUGAUGAAGGCCUGCUGUGGACAAUGGUUGGCUCUUCUGGGUAAGCAGAGGAGUAUCACAGAUACAAAACUAUGGCAGGCCAAGCAGUGGAGAGAUGCCAUCAAAAGUGUCUGAAGCUUCGAAAUGUGACCUGAGUAUUCUGCGGCCUAGUCCAGAACCCCAGGCUCAAGCACCCUUCGCAUGACACAUAUCACUUAAUACAGACUGCUCCGCUGGCGAGGUCAGGGUGGAAAUGCAAGGGUGAAUAGAUUUUUAAAAAAAAUUGUUUUAGAGCAAGUGUUUCCCAAACUUGGGUCUCCAGCUGUUUUUGGACUACAUUUCCCAUCAUCCCUGGUCUUGCUAGCUAGGGAUGAUGGGAGCUGUAGUCUACUUCUGUGUUAAUUCUGUGCAUCCUGGAAUGGAUUUAAACACCUUUUGUUCAUAUGAAUGAUGUAAGCGUAACCUUGUUCGAAACCCACCCAAAACCCAUGUUUUAGGAGCGUCUCUUGCUGUGCAGGAGCUGGAGUUCAGUUAACUGUAUGGUUCACUUUACAGUUCUUCUUCAACAACAGGUUUGUUGUUAAUGAGGCUUACUGCCAGGUAAGUUGGUAAUGGUGGCAACCCAAGCCUUGCCAUUGGGGAAAAAUGGGGUUCUUGGGCCUUUUAUCUCCACAAGCAGAACCAGCAGGACAUAGUUGACUCCCCAUGGUAAAUAGAAGGCCUAGGCCCUAGGGGAUGGGAAGGGGAUGCAACGAUGUGCACAUUCUUUCUAAUGUUGUGUUACCCCUCACAAAAUGGCAGCCAUUUUGUGACUGGUGAUCUCAGUCGCAAAAUUCAAAAUGUUCCCACUGGUCCAAGACGGUUAGCGAUUUCAGAGUGCGAAAUGAGGUUAUCUGGAAUAUAGGACUGAAUAACAUACGGCAAGUGAUAGCCAAUAUUAUUAUUAUUCUGUAUUACUGUGUGUGUUAGCAACGCACUUCCAGACGUAAGUUAGGAUCCCAGGGAGUAAGUUAGUGGAAGGUUAUAUUCCUCUUCUUGGUGCUGUUUUAGAUGCUGUCCAAAAAAAUUACAGGAAUGUCGCAGGUUCCGCUUUUUAUUUUUGACCACAGAAUGCCUGCUUGAGGCUUAAAGGCUCAAGGCUGCCUUUCUAAACUUACUUAGUAGUAAAGACCACUAAAAUCAAUGGGACGUGCUUUCAAGUAGCCAUGCUUGAUCAGAAUGUUAAAAUGGUUGUGUCGGGAGCUACAAGACUUAAACAUCUGCUACUAUAUGAAGGUUGCUUCAAGGAUCCUUGUAGGAUGCUGAACUCUUGUUUAACUUUGCUUCCUCGAGUCACAUUGAGGAGAAAGUCCGAUAAACGCUCCUGUUGCCGCACGGAUACCCAUGCCCUUAACAGGGCUUAUAUUUUGCACAAAGCUUUGAAAUAAUUCUAAGCCACAGCAAGAGAUUUUCAGCGUUUCUUGUGAUUCUUGUCAUUUUCUCAGGAAGUAAGCUGGAAGACAAUUAGUAUUAGAAAAUGGAAUUGUUGCUUUAAAUAUAAAUAUCUGCAGAUGAUUUGAGUGGCUUGGUUCUUUUGUGUAAACGUUUUCUUGUCUUCGUACGUGUUCAAAAAAUGAAUCACGCCUUCAAAAAGUGCCAUUCUGAGACUCCUGCGAACUUGCACAUUCUUAGUGGGCCAUCAUCUUUCUAUAUAUUCCCAACACACUGUCACUGCUUAACAUGGUAACAAAACAGGUCUGGGAAUGCUGUUCAGGUGAGAGUUGGCUGGGUGCUUGGUGCUCCUUCACUUCGUGCUGUGGGAAAAAUUGUUUCACCUGAAGCAGAGGAGAGGGAAUAGGGAAAUGACGAGCUUUUAUUGCAUGCCAGCUAUAAUGGGGCUGCUGUUUUUGUAACAUAGAGGCCUUAUUUUCAUCCUGGAGAAGCCGGCUGCAGAAGGAACAGUUGUGUGAUUAAAUGCAAAGCGCUAGAGUCACAAAUCCUAAGUUUUGCCUACCUGCAUGAAAAAUUAAACCAAAAGCCCUUUCCAUACCAAGGCCUGGCAAUAAAGGUGACUUGUGUAAUUUCAAAGGGACAAGAUUCAGAAUACUUUUGCAUAGCUAGACAACUGUGUGUGAAAAACUACAUCUCCCUCUAUUGUCAGUGUUUUACUGCCACCUGGCGUUUUAAAGGAAGAGUAGCAUCCUUGCUUGACUUGAGUAGCUUUGGGUUAGGUCCAUGGGGUCACGAAGAGUCGGACACGACUAAAUGACUAAACAACAAAACAACAACAAUAUUAUAACUACAGAAGAGCAAUAAGUGUGGGAAGGCGUUGUUUCUGAUGAUAUAUUGAAGUAGAGUGCUACCUCAGGUUACAAACUUAAUUCGUUCCGGAGGUCCGUUCUUAACCUGAAAAUGUUCUUAACCUGAGACACGCUUUCACUAAUGGGGCCUCCCACUGCUGCUGCACGAUUUCCAUUCUCAUCCUGGGGCAAAGUUCACAACCCGGAGCAACUACUUCCGGGUUAGCGGAGUUUGUAACCCGAAGCAUUUGUAACCCAAGGUACCACUGUAUUUGGGUAUCCUGUUGGUUGCGUGAAACAACUUCAGAACGCAAGGUUGGAAAAAACGUGCAGCAAAGAACAUUUCUAGACACACAGAUUAUGUCCAAUCUCAAUGGUUAGCUCCAAAUAAAAUAAAGGUGGAUGCAGAACUUUAAAACCAUAAUAAUGGUUCAGGUCACCAUCAUCAGUGAUUGUUUAAUGCAGAGUGUGAGAGGUAAGUAAAGGUAUUCCACUGCCCGUCCCCUGCCAUCUCAGGGGUCCCCUUCCCCCCAGGGACUUUUAAACACUCUUUUGGCCCUGUGCAUACUUAGUCUUCAUUGGGCUUUUGGGGAAGGUUGCCCCCCCCUUAAGUAUUUUUUAAAGUGGCUUUUUUGUGCUUUGCCAAAUGUCAGAGUUCCUCUGAGCUCGCUGCGCUAAUACAACACUUUUGCUUUUCUGUGGUGCUGUUUCAGCUACAAUCCUGUUGGCGCUCACCGCCAGUAUUUGCAGUAUAUGUAAUUGUAUGAAAUCAGGCUGGAGGUUCAGGGAAGAUGAAAAUAUGCAAAAAAUUAAAAUUAAAAUCCAUCUAAGUUCUGUUGAGGUCUACUUAACGAAGUCCGAGCCUCCCAUUUGCGCUCAAUCUUCAGCCAAUUCACUUCGUCUCAGGAACCAGCUCAGAUAAAAAGGUCACAGAGCACUUAGGAGACUCUGCAGUGCUGUGCUGUGCUGUCAUAGCUCUAUUAAGCCAUGGAGGAAGCUGAUGUCCUCGCUUUUUAUCUGCUGGCUUUAAAACAUGUAUACAGUGGUACCUCUGGUUAAGAACUUAAUUCGUUCCGGAAGUCUGUUCUUAACCUGAAACUGUUCUUAACCCGAGACACCACUUUAGCUAAUGGGGGCUCCUGCUGCCGCUGUGCCGCCGGAGCACAAUUUCUGUUCUCAUCUUGAAGCAAAGUUCUUAACCCGAGGUACUAUUUCUGGGCUAGUGGAGUCUGUAACCUGAAGCGUCUGUAACCCAAUUUAUUCUAAACAUUGCACCCUUUAAUAUUUUAAUAAUCAGCAUCUUAUGAGUGUGAGGUACAGUACUCUUGUUGACAUUGUUGUUGUCAUUGGGACUAACCUGCCUUGCAGGGUGGUUGUGCUGUUUAAAUGUCACAGGAAAGUACUAAAUACAUUUCCUUGAGCUCCUAGAAGGAAAGGCUGUACAGUACAUGAUUGUGAAAAUGAAUAAUAUAGCUGACCUGCAAUGCCCACUUUGCAACCCUGGUUUUUUUUAAUGUAUUUGUAUUGAAGAUUUCUUCGUUGUUACACUAUGGCAGCUCUGGGGUUUUCUGCAGUCUGCUAACUGAAUAGGUGCAUAUUAAAAGUAAUUGUUUUACAGAAGAAUGAUGUUUUUUUUUUGGGGGGGUGGAUAAAAAAUUGUAACCAUCACUUCCGCCUCCAGCCUUUUGAUUUCACAACUCUGCUUUUCUCUUUUUUCCAAACAUCCUAAUUAUAUAAUUAUAAGAUUUAAAUAGGUAGAGGAAGGAAAAAGGAAAGAGGAGUAGGAAGGAGAUACAAUGGGGGCCUGUCAAAUUCACAGCUAGACUCUCACAUCUCCCUGAAUAUCAGCCUUUCCAUUAGAAUCAUAACCGCA